AUGCUGCUUCUUUUUACCCAGGUUCUUCUUGUUUGUGGUGCGUUUGCCUUUCCUGCGGCGCAGGAGGCCGUUUCCUGUGAGCACGAUAGUCUGUAUACGUCGCUCUCGCGAGAUGGCGGAGACUUCUGUUCGAGCAUGGUGAGAACUCCCUGCGAGGUGUCGUCGACUCCAACACAAUUCAAAUCGUAUUCUUCGGCCAAGUUGUCGUCAUAUUGUGCCUGUCUUAUGACGAGUUACGCAUCAUAUGGAACCGCUGCACUUACCGCAACUGGUCAAUCUAACGGCACGGGGCCAUAUACGUCGUGGCCGAGAUCUGAGAAUGGCGGCGAUGAGGGAGAGUCCAAGACUAACAGUGACGAUGACUCGGCAACAGAAACUGGUGGAGCAUCUGCUUCUACCGAUUUACCAACGGAUUCUGCUGCUAGUGGCUCUGGAGCUCGGUCAACUACUCAGUCGGACAUGGCUGGAUCAGAUACAGGAUCAAUGACAGCAAAAGUAACGCGCACAUCAUAUGACUCUUCUCAAAAGACUUCAACUACAGCAACUGGUGAUGCUAGUUCUACAGACGACUCAACAGACAGCGGGUCUGGAAGAGCAACAAGCUCUGGAGAAAGACGUCCCUUUACUACUGCUUCAAAUGGACAGCCAUCAAAUGGCACGUUGGGCGCCCAAAGCUCAUCCAAUGGCUCACAAAAUUCUAGCCAACGGCUCAGCAUAAUUUCGGCCAAUUUCACAGACACACGGAUACCGAGUUUCACCUAUACGGUAUCUAUGCCAGUAGUGACCUCUGGGAAUAUAUCUGGCACCGCUGCUUGGAAUAGCUCAGUCACAUAUUCUCCAUGGGUGGCUACUCUUACUAUCCCCCCUUUUAUCACGCCCAGUGGCUUCAACAGCAGUACCAUCAGCCAUAUUGUCAAUGCAACGCAGACAGGGCCGCCUCCUUUACCUGCUGCAAAUUUCACACAGGUGACUCGAACAGGUGCUAUUAUCAAACCGACAUGCUAUCAAAUGCCUGAGCCGCAAGGCGGAUCAACCCGAAGAGCGCUGCUUCACAACACAAACCUUCGAGAGCAAAACGCUACAAUUCCAUUCCCAUAUAUUGAGUCUGUGGAUUUCCAAACGGAUGGCGUUGAUCCUUUGUAUCUCACGCUGCGAGAUGCCGCUGAAGGGACCCAUUACAUCGACGUUUCUAAUCGUAGUUACAUCGCUAUCGUGGACUCGCUUUAUAAUGCCAUGAUAAUCGACGCAAAAGGGAUUCAUUUCUCAACGAAGAAGUGUGAAUAUGAUGUAUCCAUCACGAUUGACUCCAUGUAUCAACAACUUGCUGCGCUGUCUGGACAAGUCUGUUCCACAGGCAGCCAGCAUCGGAAACGAAUGAAUGAUGCAGACUUCAACCAGACACUGUAUCUGCGAGACCAGUGCAACAAUCCGAUUAAGCGGACUGUGCGACGAUAUCCAUCGCUCAGGGUUGGAGACACAGAUUGCAAUGACAUUGAAGUCGAUGAGGAUACUGGUCGAUGGCUCUUUGACUGCACAUUCCCUGGCUCAGACUCGGGCACCUUGAAAUGUGAAUGGGCUGUCAGGAAUGACAUUGAAGAGUUUCUCUUUACGGACCCCUUUGGUGGUGCUUGUCCUGACUUGUCCACCGUUAUCACAACUCUGGAAGCCAACGGCCAAGAUUUCAUUAAUCCAGAAUCUCUCCGAACCGAGCUCUACAACCAGGGUCUAGACGAUGCGCAAAAAGCAGAGGCCAACCUCAUUGUCAUCUACUAUGAACAGCUGUGGGAGAUCCUGAAGCAGGCUUUCUCGAAGCUUCGCACUCAGCCCCCGGGCAAAACGAGCGCGAUUCAAGAGUACAUCGACGUGUAUAACCGGUAUCGUAACUUUGAGGACGAUAUUUGCGAGGAUCUUCACGCCGGAGACAUGCCAUUGAAGAUGAGCCUCCGUGCAGGCGUAACCACCAUCGACGCCAUCGCAAGACUGAACUGGGCGCCAGAGAACCCCAAACCGUUCAAUGUGACGGUUCAAGAUCCAGCCAAGCUUGCGUGCUGCAGCCCUGGAAGCGAUGCGAAGAAGGACGAAUCCACUGGAACGUGUGAAUAUCCCUUUAGCGCUCACUUGGGCGAUACGGGCUGCGUCUGCGGAAAGACGGCUUCGGGAGCUUCUGUGGCGUUUGAGAUUACAGAGUGUGAGAACUUUGUGAGUGAGUGUGAGAAUGAUGAUGAUUGUUCCAAGGCUGGACAUCCGACGUUUGUUUGUCUGACUGGGAGUUGCUGUGGUGGAGGAGUUUGUGCUGAUCCGUAUGAGUGUGCGCAGAAUGGGUCUGCAUUGGUGAGGCCGAGUCUCUUCUUUUGAAUUUGACUGUUGAGAUGAAUUUGGAUGUGAAUAGCUG